CCCCACGCACACGCCAGCGUCGCGGCUGCGCCCCUCGCCGCAGCCCUUCCUCUCUGCAGCCCGCCGGGCCGGCCAGGGCUCUGGGCGCCGGGAUAACCCUUCGCCGAGGCAGCUGCGUGCGCUAGGCCGGAGCAGCCCCCAUCCGGCGCGGAGGCCCGGGGCGCUGCGCUCUUCUGGCCCCGAGCCUGGGCCCGGGGCGCCCGCUUCUGCCCCCUCGCGCCCUCUCUCUCGGACCCGGGCUGGGCUCCAGUUUUGCAGAGAAAGUCUGCUCGCCCGAGGCCCGAGGGGAGGCUGGGGUUGCACGGGUUAGCGGGCCGAGGGGAGGCUUGCACCGGUCCUCCUGCGAGCAUUCUCGUGCCCUGCAGCUGGUGGCUUACACCCACUGCCUCCCCCGCCCUGCGGUUGUGCUCAAACCUCCAGCCCCCGGGAGUAUUGUGCCGCCCGAGAUAAAAUGCAUCUAGUGUACACCCGCUCAACAUUCACCCCAGAGGGUAAUGCAGACCUUUCUCCACCCCCACCCUCUCCUCCCCUCCAAUCAGGCUCUACUUAAGAUUGUUAGAUGAGAGACAUUAAAGGUAGUGACACCCCCGUUAUAUCUGCAUAUAACCUGUUCAUUGUCGAGAGAAUGUAGAAAUGAUAAAUCCAGUAGAAAUGAUAAAUGCCCCUGCCUCACCCUCGAAGUCUGUCUUCACGGUUUAAGAUCCCAUAUGCUCUUUGAAGAGGGCCAGUCUUUGAUGGCAUCUAGUACAUCCCUCCCCCACAACACACACAUACACACACACACACACUUCCUGAUUGCCGAGCAGAGCAACCCCUGUCAUCGCGAAUCCAUUGUCAGGAAUGGCUUGUGCCAGUCAAAGGAAUGUGCUUUUGCCUUUGGAAAAGGGUGCUUUCCACAACCAUGUUCUCAGGAUGUGCCUGCGUAAGAUGCUCCAAGUCACUUGCAGCUCUCUUCAAAAGAAAAAUCACUAGUGCUCUGCUCUUGCCGUAAUACCAAACCUUUUGACUUAUGCUUUGGUGCUGCAACACUGGAAGAAUUGCACACAGCUUCCAGGAAUACCUUUUUUUCAUUUGAGUGAUUUUUUGUGGAUGGAAAAAUAUUUGAGUCUUAAUAAUUACCCUGUUUUAAAGCUAUUUCUCUAGAGCCUGCACCGCUUAAUAAAUUGGGCCACUUACCAAUGAGCCACACAGCCAGCUCUUGUCAGGAGCUGGUUGAAAACUGUGCUGUGCAUGUAGCAGGGAUGGCACAAGAAGAUAGCCGUCGUGGUCAAGUGCCAUCUACCUUUUAUCAUGGUGCCAACCAGGAACUUGACCUGUCCACCAAAGUGUACAAAAGGGAAUCGGGAAGUCCUUAUUCUGUGUUAGUGGACACCAAGAUGAGCAAACCACAUCUCCACGAGACAGAGGAACAGCCGUAUUUCAGGGAGACAAGAGCAGUGUCUGAGGUGCAUGCUGUUAAAGGCGACCGGGAGAACUCUGAUGACACAGAAGAGGAGGACGACGAAGAGGUCUCUUACAAAAGGGAGCAGAUCAUAGUGGAGGUAAACCUUAAUAAUCAAACGUUAAAUGUGUCUAAAGGGGAAAAGGGUGUCUCUUCUCAGUCCAAAGAGACUCCUGUUCUUAAGACAAGCAGUGAGGAGGAAGAGGAAGAGAGUGAGGAAGAGGCCACAGAUGACAGCAAUGACUAUGGAGAGAACGAAAGGCAGAAGAAAAAGGAGAAGAUAGUGGAGAAAGUCAGCGUUACACAAAGGAGGACGAGGAGAGCUGCCUCUGUUGCUGCAGCUGCCGCUUCCCCUACUCCCAGAACUACCAGAGGUCGUAGGAAGAGUGUAGAGCCACCUAAGCGUAAGAAGCGGGCCACAAAGGAGCCCAAAGCACCAGUCCAGAAAGCUAAGUGUGAAGAGAAAGAGACUCUGACCUGUGAGAAGUGCCCCAGGGUGUUUAAUACUCGCUGGUACCUGGAGAAGCACAUGAACGUUACUCAUAGGCGCAUGCAGAUUUGUGAUAAGUGUGGCAAGAAGUUUGUCCUGGAAAGUGAGCUGUCCCUUCACCAGCAAACAGACUGUGAAAAAAAUAUUCAGUGUGUUUCCUGUAACAAAUCAUUCAAGAAACUCUGGUCCCUUCAUGAACACAUCAAGAUCGUCCACGGAUAUGCAGAAAAGAAGUUUUCCUGUGAAAUUUGUGAGAAGAAGUUCUAUACCAUGGCUCAUGUGCGGAAACACAUGGUUGCACACACGAAAGACAUGCCAUUUACAUGUGAGACCUGUGGAAAAUCGUUCAAACGCAGUAUGUCACUCAAGGUGCACUCCUUGCAGCAUUCCGGAGAGAAGCCCUUCAGAUGCGAGAACUGCGACGAAAGGUUCCAGUACAAGUACCAGCUGCGCUCCCACAUGAGCAUCCACAUUGGGCACAAGCAGUUCAUGUGCCAGUGGUGCGGCAAGGAUUUCAACAUGAAGCAGUACUUCGACGAACACAUGAAAACACACACUGGAGAGAAACCCUUUAUCUGUGAAAUCUGUGGCAAAAGCUUCACCAGCCGCCCCAACAUGAAGAGGCACCGCAGAACUCACACAGGCGAGAAGCCCUAUCCAUGCGAUGUGUGUGGCCAGCGGUUCCGCUUCUCCAACAUGCUUAAGGCCCACAAGGAGAAGUGCUUUCGGGUGACCAGCCCCGUGAAUGUGCCGCCUGCUGUCCAGAUCCCACUUACAACUUCCCAAGCCACCCCAGUUCCUUCUGUAGUGAACACACCCACAACCCCAACUCCUCCAAUCAAUAUGAAUCCUAUAAGCACUCUUCCCCCUCGGCCCAUCCCCCACUCCUUCUCUCACCUCCACAUCCACCCACACCCUCACCACCCGCACCACCUUCCUAUCCCUCCGGUCCCACACCUCCCCCCACCUCCAGCGCUCUUUAAGAGCGAGCCUUUAAAUCACAGAGGCCAGGGUGAGGACAACUUUCUUCGGCACCUGGCAGAGAAGAACAGUUCAGCACAGCAUCAUUAACAUCCGUCUCCUUCAGUGUGUUCUCCACGUGUCGUGUGCCCACAUGUGAGCUUGCAGAGAGGGAGUUGGUGAGCCUUUCUGCAGCUGUCGGACUCUUCUCGGCCUCCACCAACAGCUUUGUCAUUGUCUUGGGGAAUCAACGCAUCCAAGGGAAUGAACAAGAAGACCACCUUGAGCUCACAGAGGGGCUGCCGUCCAAACCAGGGGAACCACCGAACUAAAGCCCAAUGUGCUUGCAUUUUCUGGUGACUUUUAUAAAUUUCAGAUACUCAGACUUGUGGAAUUUUAUAAUUUCAUAUCAGCUGAUGAGGUAUGCUUGCUUUUAUAUCCUGGACUUCUCCUCAAAGAGGGGACAGGCCCGGUUUCCUUUGUACUAAUCGGGAAGGCUGUGAGAUUAAUCCAGAGCAUUAAUUGUAUCACUGUGUAUCGUAAUGAAUUCUUUUCAGCUUUUGGUGCUGGCUUCAGAGUUGAGCUAGCCACAUUUCACAGUAUAUCAAGCAUUAUAGAGAAAGACAGAAAUUUUCUUCUUUGUGUAGCUCUCCUAACGCACUCUUUAUUUUACUACAGAAAUUAUUUUAGAGUUUUUGUAUAGACUUCUUUAGUAGUCUGUUUCUAAAAUGAAAUGUAUUUCAAUAAGCGGUGUAAUUUUUUCAGUGUAGCUGGACCUAUGUUGUAAAAUAGAAAAAAUUUUUAUAAUCAUCAAAAUGUGAUUCUUAAAGAUGCAUAUAACUUCUGUAGUUCAAAGUUAUUCUUACAUCCGUACAACUCAAAGGUGCUUCAGAGACUAGAUGUAUCUGGGAGGGUCUCCAGACCAGGUUACUGCAAAAAUGAGGUUUUGCUUUCAGAACUUGGCAUAAGUCCUUGGUAGUUUUUUAAUCUCUACUUAACACUCAAGUGUCUGUUAGGCUCACUGACAUGCUUCUGUCCUCCAUGUUUCAUUGGUUCAGUUGGUCCAUUCAGUGGAAUCAUUUGCAGAGGGUUGGGCCUUUUCCAGGGCAGUCACCUAAAGCUUGCAUGUUUUGAAAAUCUGGGGAAAGCCAGUCGCUGUCAAGAGGAGGAAGUGAUGGAGAUUGUUUCAUCUCCGUCACGUCUGACUCUCACUUCCCUCAGAACUGUGUUCGUGUCCAAUCUUCAUGGGAUGACACAUCGAAGUCUCAUAAUACACUGCUCUUUUUGAGGUUGCUUUAUUUUUCUAGAAUUGUUAUCAAAAAAUAGCACACUAAAAUCACAAACAUGAUGUUGUGGAUGGUGGCUGAGAAAUUUGGAUGAGAACGCAAAUUGGUUAUGAGUUUUAAAAUGUCUCUGAGAUCAGUGGAUGUGUCCACCACUCUGCGCUGUUUGCUGUCGGGAGGGAAGGCGAGCUCCUGCAUUUUGCUGCCCCGUCCCCUGCAGAUAGUUGCAUGACAGCAGCAUUGCUGGGUGGUGAGAGCAGCAUCCCCAGUACCCUUAGGCACGUCAUUUUUUCAAGUUUGGGGAACUUCUAAAGAGCACGAUAAAUCAGGAGCUUAUUAUAGAAAGGCUGAAGAGAAGGGCUAACAUAUGGGUUAUGUUUAACUGAUCAAAUUUAUCUGGACUCAGCAUAGCUAAAAAUUUUGUAUUUUUUCUUCUGAGAGAACUGAGUUCCAAAGCUCGCCUACUUUCUCUCUCCCUCCCUCCCUCUCUAUUUUUUUAAUCUUGAAGUUUCUUUAGUUUUCUCUCCUCAGGCUCUUAAAUCAUUGCCUGAAUCAGAACCCUGGCUUUUAUUUAUUUUUUAUUUUUUAUAUUAAAUGUGCAGAUAUACUUCAAGCACUUUUCCAGCUAAUGAGCUCUGUGGUAGGAAAAAAUGGAACUCUUUCAAUUGAGGUUUAGUCCCUAUUUUAAAAAUAUCGCAUUCUCUGCUAGCUUUUUGCUUUAAUAUUUCCAAAUUUUUUCCUUUGAUUAUUGCCUUUGUCUUUUAUAAUGAGCAUAGGAAAAUUUUGGAAUGAGGCAGAAAAGUAUCUCAAGACAUAUACUUUUCUUCCUGUUUUUGGAUGUAAUUUCUAAAGAAUGUCAUUUUAAAUAUAUAUAUAUAUAUAUAUAUAUAUAUAUAUAUAUAUAUAUACACAUUCUUUGAACACCCCGGUACCCAAACCAAUAAGGAAAGUUAAUUCCUUGUUAUGACUGUUAUAUCUUUAGUGGCUGCUCCCCCUUACUCCCAGUCUCCUGUGCAUUCCAUGACAAGUUUGUGGAUCUGUACCUUUAUGUAGGCAUAUUAUUAUUUCAUGGCCAAGCCUGUACUAUUAAAAUGAUUUUUUUAAAGAUGUAAAUUGCAGCUUAGUUAAUUGGUUAUACCUUAUCUUGUCCUAAUUAAAUUACAAUAUCAGGCAGCAAUUCUGAAUUCUAGACUUGAGACCAUUGAAUCAACCAUUUAUGAGGUGUACUAUAAUUAUACACUGGAAAAUUCAGGUAGUCAUCUUUGAUUUUUCAUUCAAGUGAAUAUAGCCAUAAGAGAAUAUCUGCUACAUAGGAAAACCAGUAUUAAGCAAAUAAUCACCACCACCCUUAACAGAAGCAAAAAAGAAUUAUUAUUUUUUUUUAAAUCAGCGUUGUCAUACAAUACAGUUCUUAAUGAAAUGUCUUGUGGAAUAAUCUGGAACCUUGCAAUUUUUUUUUCCUAGAUAAGUAUACCUUCCCUGUCUUGGGAUCUGUGGUCUUCAGGAAGACUGCUCAGAACAUGACUCCUCAUCAGUGUCAUAUCACAUAUGAAUAAUGAAAUGAGUUAAGAAUAUCCGUAACAUUAACACUUCUGAAUAUGAGAACUGCAGGAUUAAGCCUUAAACAUUCAUGUGCAUCAGGUUUAACAUGCUUAAGACUCAAACUCAGGGUUGAAAAUGUGAUUGGGGUCCUUUGCCAAAAUGAAAGUUGCAUUACGUGGUGUGUUCCCUCCCAUAUACAGUACAGCACCCCGUGACGUCGUCAGAACUUAUUACCUACUUGCUCUCUGCUUAUGAAAAAAGAACUCUGGAGGAGUUUUCAGUUUCUCAGCCCUUAUCUGUACUCAAACAAGUCUUUUAAAGACAACAAAGGCCACAUUUCAGCAUUAUAUACAUGUCAGAUUGAGGUGGUUUCGCAUUCCUUAAUUUUACUGUGGUGAAAGGCUUGUAUGAUUACUAGGGUUAAGACCUACUUAAGGAAAAUUCCCAAGGACUUUCUUGAGUUGACAUUGCUUUUUUUUGUAUUGCAUUUUUCUGUUCUUUUCUCGUAGUCUUAUCAUUCAAAUAGAAACUCUUCCUUAUCCUUAAUGAAAGGCUGCUUGCUGCUUUCUCAGAUUGAGUCAGGUAGGCUCCGACUGAGUGAGAUUUUUAAAUUUGAAUGAAGAAAAUAAGAUGAAGAGUUUAAAGGCAUGUGGCUUCAUUUCCACGUAUGUUUGUGAUUUGAGUCUUAUUUUUAGCAAGCAAGGAGGUCUCCACAUAAAACUUUACAGUAGUUCAAAGAAACCCUUGCAAAUCAGUUACACAUACGUUUAUAGUCCACCAUUUACAUUAACUGUUCUAAACUAACGACUGAGCAUGGACGUUACCAUAGUCGUACCACCUUUCUAGAAACUGCAUUUGUUGGAAGUACCUUUUCAUUGUGGUUAGAGUGCUCCCUAUAAUUUGAUUGUCCCUAGUGUACUAACUGAAGGCAAAAUACUUUGAAGAGAUGCUUGUAAA